GUUGAUGUUUGAUUUUGUGAUUAUGUUGAUCAGGUAGCUCGGUUAAAAUAAAAAAAAAUCCUGAUAUCGAUAACUACGACGACAUUUUUGUCUUUGGUUUUUGUCCUAUUUGUUCGAUUUAAUUAUACCCGACAAUAUCGAUUGCCGAUCUAUUUGUGUCAGUGAAAAAAAUUUUUUUUUUCGUUUUCAAUCAAAAUAAAAUUUGAUUCAUGAAAAAAACAUGCCACAAGGAAGACGUAAAGUACCAUUUUCAAAUAAACAGAAAAAAGCACAACUUCAAGCAAAACGUGAGAAAAAGAAUCGUCAAUUAACGACAACACAAUUAAGACGUCCAUUCGUUAGUGAUGAUGGUGAUAUUGAAGAUGAAUUGGAUGAUGAAACUUUUGGUGGUACUAUAGAUGUAAAUGACCAUUUUAGUCCAAAUCAAUCAUCAGGUACAAGUAACAACAACAACAACAAUAAUAAUAAUAAUGUUGAAUCCAAUACAUCAACAUCGAACGAUAAUAUGACUGAUCCGAAAUUUUUAUUGAAUCGAAUAAAUGCGAUAAAUACACAACGACAUUUAAGUACGACCAGUGAUGUCAAUCGUUAUGCAUUACAAUUUUUCAAUGAAACUGAUCAGGAAAUACGUGAACGUAAAGAACGUGCACAACGACCCUUACCACCAUUGGAUGAAUCGAAAGCAUUGGUCUGUUCGGUAGAGGACAUGUUUGGUGAACAAUCAUCAUUAUCAAAUGAUAUUCCUGUUACGGAUCUUGAUAUGCCUAAACGGCCACCAUGGUCAUCAACAAUGACAGUCGAUGAAUUAUAUCGUAAAGAAAAUGAAUAUUUCUUAUCAUAUUUAACGGAAAUAUUUUCCAAAAGUCGUACAUUGGAUAAACCAAUAAGCUAUUUUGAUAUGAAUCUGGAAACAUGGCGUCAGCUAUGGCGUGUGAUUGAAAUGUCUGAUAUAAUUCUAUUGGUGGCCGAUAUUCGUCAUCCAAUAUUUCAUUUUCCACCAUCAUUAUAUCAUUAUGUUGUCGAUGAACUUGGUAAAGAUAUGAUACUCGUAUUGAACAAAAUUGAUUUAGUUGAUGCCGAAUUGGUGCUUGCGUGGCAUGAAUAUCUGAAAAAUCGUUUUCCAAGGCUAAAUAUUUUAGAAUUUGCUUCAUAUGCUGGCAUGAAAGUACGUGCAUCAUCUGGUAAACGAGUGGGAAAACUUCGAAUGGCUGUUCGUGGUGCAUUAGCAUUACAAGAAAUGGUAGCCAAAAUCGUUGGUGAUCAAGCCGAUCUAAAUUCUUGGCGCCGAAAAAUCGAAUCCGAACUACAUGAAUGUGAGAAUGUUUCAUUGGAUGAUGAUUCUUCAUAUUAUGAAUCUGAAGACGAUGAUGACGAUGGUAAACAUUAUGGUAAAAAGAAUCAAGGUGCUAAAAAAGCUGGAGUGGAAAAAUUGGCUGGAACCAUCGUAAUGGAAAAAGCGGAUAGUUCAUAUUAUCGUCAAGAUCAACGAUUCAAAGAUGGUAUCGUCACUAUUGGUUGUGUUGGUCAUCCGAAUGUAGGAAAAUCAUCGUUGAUGAAUGCAUUGUAUGGUAAAAAAGUUGUCAGCGUUUCGCGAACACCGGGUCAUACGAAACAUUUUCAAACGAUAUUUCUCACCGAUAAAGUACGACUCUGUGAUUGUCCCGGUUUAGUUUUUCCAUCACGUGCACCAAAAGAACUACAAGUUUUGAUGGGUUGUUAUCCAAUUUCUCAAUUACGUGAACCAUAUACAGCUGUCGGUUAUAUGGCUCAACGUAUUAAUCUUGUACGUUUAUUACGGCUACAACAUCCAGAUGGUGAUACUGAAAAUAUUUGGUCCGCUUAUGAUAUAUGUGAAGGUUGGGCCGAAAAACGUGGUUUCCGUACUGCCCGAACCAAUCGACCUGAUAUAUAUCGUGCCGCUAAUAGUCUACUUCGUAUUGCAUUAGAUGGCCGUACAAUUUGUCUGGCAUUUCAACCGGCCAUCUAUCAAGAACAUGGAAAAGAUUAUUGGUCAUUACAUCAAGAUAAAGAAAAAAUUGAAGCCAUACAAAAUCUAAAAUUUGUUGUAGAAGAACAAUAUAAUAAAAAUCUAAAUCGUGGUACACAUGGACAAGGUUAUGUUGAUAGUCAUGCAUCAAGUGUUGAAGCCGAUGUCGAUGAUGAUGAUGAUUCCGGUGAUAUCAUAUCGACAGCUAGUAAAUUUGUUUUACUUGAAGUUGAUGAUGUUGAAGCUGAAUGAAUAAUAAUAAAUAAAUUUGAUAAAUCAUCAUCAUCAUCAUCAAUCAAUCAAUAAUUUUGAAUUAAGAUAAAAAAUGUUGAUAGAUUUUUUUUUCUAUUACUGUAAAGUCAGAGAAUAAAAAGUUGUAGACAAAAAAAAAAUUCGAAAUAUCACAACAUUUAUGUACGUGCUAUAUGAUUGACUAUUGUAACACUACUUCCUUGAUUAUGUGUUUAUCGAUCGAUCGAUCACAUUCGAGUCAUACUCAUACACAACACACCCAAAACAUUUGAAAUGAUGCUCAUAUACACACACACACAUUCUAUUCGAAUUCUAUUGUAAUUUUGUAAUACCUUAUUUCUCGUCGUAAUGGCUGCUAAUAUUCAUCAUCAUUAUCAUCAUUCAUAUAAUUUGUUUAUUUUUAUUUCAUUGAUUAAUGAUUGAUUUAUUGAUUGAUUGGUGAUGAUGAUUGAGAAGAAAAAAAACAAUGUUUUUGUGAACACACCGACAUGUCUAGAAAUAUGUGUCUCCCUCUAUAUAAUCUAAUUAUUAUUAUAGUUGAAUAUAUAAUUAAAGAGAUGAUAAUUUAAAAA